AUGGACUUGAUCUAUCCAAUGCAUCGAUGCUAUCCACCAGCACCCAACUGGUAUUCACUCUAUGUUACUGCAGUUGUGGAACCUCAUUUUUACCUGUACUCAAGCCGAAAUCUGGUCAUUGUACUCGCACUGGAGGAUUUCAGGUACUGCAAUUCGUUCACGGCGGCUGAAGAUAGAGUGGAUGUCAUUGCAGCAUACGGAAAGUACUGUUAUACAGCAGCAGCAGCAGACAAGACGGUGCGGUUAUGGGAUUUCAUGUCUGGGUCUCUGAUUUCCACGCAUAACGAGCACAGUAAAGACAUUACUUCACUAAAGAUCAUACGCCAAGGCAGUGUGGUCAUAUCUGGAGACAAGUCUGGCACGUUUGUAUUAGCAGACGCUCAGCUGAAAUCAUGUAAAUCGCACGACGCCAGCCUCACAUCACCCAUUACAUGCAUGGCAGCAACCCAAGUAGACGGCAGAGACUAUCUCGCUGCAGGCUACGAAAAUGGCAUGGUGUUUAUCUACGAAAUCCAUAAUGAUCUGUCGAUGACCAUUGCCAGCCAAAUCAUGGAAGACACAGACCCAGUACAGUCAUUGGAUUGGCAGCCGUCCCGUCAUUCAUCAGAAUGGCCCUUGCUCGCAUUCAGCACCAAACGAAAACCUCAGAUUUUGUUGUGGAAUAAUGCAGCUCAAUCCAUCAUAUCCUCCAUUCGACUGCCUCGCCCGCCAUCGCAACCCACAGGGGGUCAAAAGUCUGCGGCUACCUGGGUGCAAGUGAGCUGGCAGCAAGACCACACACUGUAUUUUACCAGCUACUUGGGUGCCAUUGUCUGUGCUGAUGUAUCCAAUCCGACGAGACCCAUUGUCAACACGAAAAAGAGAAUGGAUAAGCAUGCUCGGCAAGUGUUUGUUUUAAACUUUGCCAAUCAAGGCAGUCAGAUGAUCAGUAUUUCUAUGGAUGCACAGGUCAUUAAAUGGGAUACGCAGCUUGGAAACGACGUACAGAUCAUCAAGACACAGACAAAGUACCCUUACUGUAUGGAUACGCCAGCUUGGGACAGUGGGCAGCUGGCUAUUGCCAUGGGAGAGAAGGAGAUCAAGUACUGGAAGUUUUCUACCGCACAAGAUGUCAUUCAGCCUCAAACAGAUCCCAAUUACUAUGCUGCUAUGGUCAUCUGGAGAGGUCUUCAGGGACGGAUUCAGAAGAUUCGAAGCCAUCCUUCUGUAGAAGGAACAGCCGCUUAUUCAAACGAGUUUGGGCACGUAGGAUUGUGUGAUUCUUUUGUAAAAAACAAUGGCAUUAAAUUUCACAAGCACCAUACACUCAACAGUGCGCCAUUCAUUGACUGGGGGCCCGACAUGUGUGAUGUACUGCAGAGAGAGGACAUGCGACAUCCAUUGAUUUCUUGCGGUGGAGAUGGCACUGUGCACGUCUACGAUAUGAAUAAUGUCAAGACACCACCCGCCCUGUUAUGCCAGGUGCUGGAAAGACUCAAUCCUGCUUGGUUCAAUAAGCUCAAAAGCAUAGACUCGCAUCGCCACUCGCUCAAAGUGGAUUCAAAGCUGACGUGGAUAGCAUUUGGCCAUACAAACGGCUUUAUCGAAAUCUACAAUCUAAAGACACUUAAGCUGAUAUAUACCUCAAAUUACCAGCGUCAAUGCGUCACAGCGCUUGAUUGGAAGUAUGUUGGAGAUAAGCUCUACCUUGCAUCAGGAAGUCGCAGUGGCCAAAUUGUAGUGUACGAUGUAUCGACUGUCAGCUUGGAAAGCGAACAAGAUAUCCCCAUGUUGGGGCAACAUGCUAAUGUAAUUGAAUUCAAUGGGCACAAAGAAACUGUGAACGACAUCAAAUGGAGCUCACAUCCAGACAAAGCUCUUUUCGCCUCAGCGUCCGACGACAAUUGCAUUUACGUGUGGAAUAUUACUACCUCGAAGCCAAUAGCUAAAUUCAAUGAACAUCGAAGCCGUGUCUAUACAGUGGAAUGGAACCACAUCGCCUUGGAUUCCCUAUUCAGCGGAGGACAAGAUAAAUUUAUAUACGAAUGGAAUUACAAUGAUUACCCUUACGACGAACGAAAGGACGAUGAGCCAACAAAGUACCAUAGAGAGAGAUUUGCACUGGUCAAGAACAAAAAGAAGCGCAAGGAAGUAUCCUCCUCCUCCUCCUCAACUACGGAUAUGUCUACCACCCCACCCGCAAAAAAGAAGACCAAGGCUCACACAAACCUACCGAGAUCCAUGCUGAAUACUGCUCAGGCUUCCGAAGCCUCGACGAGUCGUCUCAAACGGGAACAAUGCUGCUUGAUCGUAGCCGACAAAUUGCUGGGUGGAAAGGUAAAGGAAGCCGUCUUCAAGAUUAAAGAAAGUUUGACACAAGAGCAACUUCAAAAUGCCACUGUGCAAAAAUAUUUGACCGUGUGGGAUGCUGAUGAUGGAACGCAGAAAGAGCCACAUCAGAAUAUACAUGAAUUACUGUAUGGCGAUAAAAAUGAUAUUCGACACUUGCUUGACCUGGAAGUGGGUGCCUUGGACCGGGAUGAGCAAAACAUAGUUCAGCCGUGGUCUGCAGAGGUGGAGCAAAAUGUCAAGAACAAGUUUGAUAUCAAGCUGGCUAUGGAUAUCAUGCGCUGCCAUUUUACUGUAUUUGAUCAAGACACAACAAACAACGGUCUAGCAGAUUGGGUGAUACUAGCACUAAGUCCAAUGGUAAGCAAAGAAAAGUGGCUAGAGCUCAUGUUGAGCCAAGCAAAAAAGAUGGAAUCAGCCAAACAGUUCAACCUUGCUGCUUCAUGCUACAUUGCUUGUAGCCAUAUCUAUGACGCCAUUGCCAUGUACAGACAGCAAAGUAUGUUUCAAGAGGCCAUCGUGGUAGCUAAGCUAAGAUUACCGCCUGGAGACCCUAUCGUCAAGUCAUUGUUCAGUGAGUGGGCAAAAGAACUGCAAAAAGGCAAUCAAGAUACUUUGACAGCAACAUGUUAUUUGCUAUCAGACACAGAAGGCUCUGUCGAAAUCGCCAUUGACUGUUUGACUCGAGAUGGAAAAGAAUCUGGCUUGUUUUGUGCAGCAUGUUUGGCGUUAGCUAUCAAUGAUACUACACACCAACAACGGUUGGAUCGUUGGCUUUUGUUAUUGGCAGAUCGCUUAACGAACAAGAAAUAA